GAAGCUGCCAUGAUGGUGGCUGUUCAAUGCAUUACUUAGUCAUGCAUCAUCAUCAUCUUCUCUAUAGUCGAGCCUCCCACACACGCAAAGAGGGCCGACGUGAUGUCUUCAAAACUUGUCACCGUGCUCCUACUGAUGACGUCCUGCUUGUUGGUGCCACCGGUACACAGCACCACAGGAGAGGUGGAGCCGCCAGAUUCCAAGAAGUAUACAUUUUUGUACUUCGUUUCCAUGAUUGGUGGCAGUCAUUAUCCAUCUCUGUCCAUGUCUGGUAAGGAGCUAGUGAGACAGGGUCACAGGGUGGUGUCGCUGUUCAGCAGCUCCAGCCCUCCCCAGAUGCACACGGCCGACGCCGACAUCUUCACCACGGUGGUAUACACCUCGUCCGUCACGCCGCACCAUCGGGCCGACGUCAUGGCCCAUCUCGGCAAGCUGUUCGCCACGGGCGUCCUGACGACCUUCUGGGGUCCGCUGAUCGCAGGCGUCAGGGGCGACAUCCCCGAUGAGCUAAGCACCGGAGACAUGUGGCUACGCGAGUGCGACGAUCUGUUGGGAGAUGCGGCAACCAUGAAGAGGCUCCGGGAAGAGAAAUUCGACAUGCUGGUUGCUGAUGGCUACAUCCCGUGCAUUCCGCUCCUGGCACAGGCUCUAAACAUUCCCUUCAUCUACAACUGUGCUGUUCACGCAGUUCCCUCCAAACACGGCAUGUGGGCGGGGUUACCAAUCGAUCCCUCCUACAUCCCGGAGCGUGUGCUCGGUCUCACAGACAGAAUGACAUUCAUCCAGCGUGUCCAAAACGUCCUGGCACACACCUACUACAAAUUCUGGCGGUUCUUGAAUGUCGGCUUCAGACGCUUCGACCAGUUGAAAGUCAAGUACAACAUCCGACCCGAGCUCAGCACCUAUGAAUCCAACAAGCAAGCGUCUCUCUAUAUGUUCGAUGGGAGCUUCGCCUUGGAGUUCCCGCGACCCAUGCAGCCAAAUACUAUUUACGUUCUGUUCACAGCCGGUUCGGCUCUAAAUAAAACGAUCGAAGCCGAUGUGGCUGAGUUUCUGGACACAGCUCCCAGCGGCGUGGCUUUGUUCUCACUAGGCACACACGUUGGAAGCAUGGAACGAGAAAAAGCCCAAGUCCUUGCCGACGGCUUGGCCUUGCUACCAGUCCGGGUGCUGUGGCAGACCUCAGCUCCCUUACCCGCCGGCCUCCGGCUGGCAGUCAACACUAAAGUCGUCCGGUGGCUGCCAAUGUCGCAGGUCAUGGAACAUCCGAACGUUAAAGUGUUAGUGAGUCACGGUGGAGGCUUCAGCAUGUACGAGGCGUUGUGGGCCGGACUGCCCAUGGUGGGCCUACCGUUCUUCGGAGAUCAGAUGGACAAUCUGGACCGGCUCGAAGACCGUGGGGUCGGCCUGCGGCUUGACAUCACCACUAUCACACCCGAUGUUUUGAACCAGACCAUCCACAAUGUCAUCACCGAUCCAAAAUUCCGUACCAACGCACGGCGUCUAUCCCUGAUAAUGCGAGACCUGCAGACCAUGUCGCCCCCAGUGAAGACGGCAGCCCACUGGAUCCUCCACGUCACCAAGUUCGGCGGUGAUCAUCUACGACCGGCCGUCCAAGACCUGAAUUACAUCCAGAGGAAUCUCAUAGAUGUCUACCUUUUCAUUUUGGCCGUCUUGGCUUUGAUCGUAUGGGUAAACCUUUCAUUGUGUUACUACUGCUGCAGAUGCAUGUGGGGCAGGGCAGGGAAAAACCAUCUAAAAAAGGACUAAUUAUUAUGCACGCGUAAAUGGAAAUUAUUGCUGGUAAAUCUUGUAAACAAUCGUUGUAAUUAUAUGUUAAAUAUAGGUCGCCUUUAUUGUAUUGCUGAUAUUUCAUAUAAAGUGAUAGUUAGUUUGCGAAAACACUAAAGUAAUUUACUUAGGCCGAAUUUGUUCCCGAGCGAAAUUUCUCAAAUGACGAUUUAAUGCAACUUUGAAAAUAGAAAAAAAAAAUUAUCGGAAGAAAUUAAAUGAUAUUACAGUGUAAGGUAAAAAUAUAGUUAACGAAUACAGAAUUUGUGUUUUGACCCCCAAAAUGACGAUUUGGGCCUCAUUAUUGUGAAUCAAGCUGCUUCAUUACACCGGCUAGUAUAGGUCACGCCCACCAAAUGGGUGACAAUAACAAGUGUUUUAACAUUGGAAGAUUUUCAUGUGUAAGCUUAUUUGAAAGCAUAAAGAACAAUGAAUGCAACAAAUACAAUUUUUCUGCAUUUUGUGCACCCCUUUUAAAAUAAAGCUCCGCCCCUCAAGUGGGCAAUUUUCAAAAUGGAUCCGUCUCGAAAUGUUAAUCCAAUGUCAACUUCAAAAUGGGAUAAAACCACUAUUAUAAACAACCCCUUCAUAAAUGUAGGCCACGCCCACAAAAUGGGCGGAAAAUAUGACAAUCGAAAAUGCUGGAAUGUUUUAUCUCAUGCCCAAGUUCAUUUCAAAAAAUGGAAAAAAGAAGAAAAAAAUAUGAUUAAUGUUAAAUACAGUUCUUCUGAGUUUUAUUCUUUGCAUGCAUCCCAAAUCGGCAGGAUCCAAGGUGGGCCCACCUCCUAAAAUGAUUCUAAGACUAUCUCGGCUCUGCAUAUAAAGUUUCAUGCUUUUUACCACAAUGUGUGCACAAUUUGUACAAAUGUAAUAAGCCUAUAUAUAUAUAGCUCCACUAUAUUACACAGAAUGUACGUGUGCCAUUUAUUGUAAACAAUGUAUAAUUGUAUAUGGAAUAAAUAUAAUCUUUAAAUCAUUCUUA